UUUUCCGGUUUCGUUUACAAGCGGGAAAUCGCAGUGUUGAAAAUGUUUUAUGAUAUUAUAAAGGAUAAAUAAAUAUUCCGACUCUCCGAUUUUAUAGGGCAUUUUGAUAAAUUUUUACAACGAUAACUGAUAAAGAUGAAAUGUGUCGUAUCAGGUGGAAAUAUAAAAAUUUUAGCACGUGCAAUACAAAUGCUCUCCAAAAUUGGAGAAGAAAUGUUUGUACAGCCACAAGAAGACAGUUUGUCUUUUCGAUCGGUCAAUGGAUCGAAUUCAUCAUUCGCAGACAUAACAUUUCAUGAGAAUUAUUUCUCGUAUUAUGCUUAUGAAGAUCUAGACGAAUCCGAUAGUCUUAAAUGUAAAAUACUUAUUAGAAGUGCAUUGACAGUAUUUAAAAUACCAAGCUUAAUAAAUAAGCAAAUUGAAACUUGUCACAUACAACUGGAUGCAAAUUCUACAAAUCUAUGUUUUAUUUUAAAGUAUAAAAAUAAUAUUAUUAAAACUCAUUUGUUACCAAUAUUGGAUUGUGAAACGAUCAGAGCAAAUUAUAAGAAGGAAGGGACAGUCAAUCAUUUAUGCAUUCAGCCUCGUGUAUUGAACGAUGUUGUUCAAAAUUUUCAACAAAAUUUAUUAGAAAUCACUAUUGAAGUUUUAAAGGAUAAGAUUCUUUUGAGGAAUUACAUAGACGAGACUAGUAAUUUAUCAAACGAAACACGUACGCAGUUGGUUUUUGGAAUGGGCGAAUUCGAUGAAUAUAAAAUCAAUUCAAACACUACGAUUACAUUCUGCUUAAAAGAAUUACGAGCAAUAUUACAUUUUGCAGAAAUUCUUGCCCAACCUAUUCAUAUACAUUUUGAUUGCGCAGGAAGGCCAAUUGUAUUUAUUUGUAAAACUUUAGGAGUAGAGAGUAACUUAGUUCUUGCUACUCUAAAUCCAGACGAUGAUCUAGGAUCGCAAAGUACGACGCACACACGACCGAAUUCAGUGUUAAAAAAUUCUGCAAAAAAACCUACAAAAGCAAAAGGGAAGAUAAAAUCAUUGAGCAAAACAGUGUUCGGUAAAUUAGCGAAUAAAUAUCCGACAAAUACAAAUACUGAAAAGAUCGAAUCAUCGGAUAAAAUUAGCAAUGCUUCCGAAACAUCAUCUCCAAAUAAUAAUAAUAAAUUUAAUGCAACUAAUUCACCAAGAGUAAACUCUGCAAAAGUAAUUGCCUCCAAUUCUAAUACGAAUAAAAGAGAAAAUGAUAAUAGCUCAAAACAGAAUGCUUUUUCAUCGCUAUUAAAAAGAAAAUCUAAUCAGGAAAUUCACAGCCCUGAUGGCGGCGAUAAGGAUGAUCUCGUUCAGAAUUCACCGCCAAAGCAGCCAUCGAAAAAGGCGAAAUUAAUAUUCAAAAAGUGUUUUCAAACAACAUUUAAUCCAGAAUCAUUGCCUGGAUAUAAUAACAUUGAAGUUGAGGAUUCCGGUGAAAGCGAUUAAUUAAUUAAUCGUUCGCUUACUCGCUUUAUUUUUGUACAAUAACUCAUUAUAUUUAUGUUGAAACUGCCAAAUGUCAGUGUGCAGGUAGAAUGCAAUGACAUCGUAGGCAAUUAGUAUGUAUGACCAAAACAGUAUGCCGAUAGAACUGUUAAAUUUAUAAAAUUGUUAAACUAAUUUUUUAUUUUUUUAUGUGUUAGUGAGUAAAUUAUA